ACGUCAUGGCAGCAUCUCGUAGCCAAUCAGAAAUGAAAACCAAAAAUCCGUAGUGAAAGUAUUUGAGCGGCGUCUUUAUCAGGGCACUUUAUUGCUGCUGAAGCCAUCAAUAAUUGUGUGCAGGGAGCCGUAAAAAUUUGGAUAGCCUACACUGUGGUAUACAACUAUUUCUCUUUUUUUUUGAGUUGGGAAAAGAAAAGCUCCAAGGCCAGACAUGAGAAAGAGGUUCUUACCAGAAUCUGAAGCAUGAUUUUUCUUUGUCAAUAUCAUCCUAGCCGCGUAUUCUCAGCAAAACCAUACAAACUCUGCCUCCAAAAAGGAAUUCGUUUUUCCCCUCGCCGUUCUUGUUUUCUAAUUUUGAACACAGGACAGGGAUUUUGCUAAUUAAUAAUAAAGUGAACAGGACGCAUCCGGAAACUGGAAUUACAAUAUUGUAGAAGGAAGAGGGUGCAGAGAGUGACCAGACUUUAUCAUUAUGGAAGAAAAUAUUCGCCAAAACCAGGAGCGCCCAGAGGACUCCGGAGAGUCCAACCGGGCCAUCCUGCCUCUGCUCCAGCCACCUGGCAACCAGUCCCACAGGAUCACCAACUUUUACAUCGACAACAUUUUAAGACCAGACUUUGGUCGAAAGGGGAAGGUUGGGACUUUAGUUCGGGAGGGAGACAGUCUGGGAGUGAUCAUACGAAGAGAGGAGCUGACAGGGAGGAAGCCUUCUAAAACGGUCCACCUGCGUCAGGAAGGAUCGGGAGGAGAGGAAGAGGACCCGGGAGUGGCUGACGACCAGCAUCUGGACACUGAGACUAGGGGGUCUGAACUGAUAGCCGGCGAUGAAUCGGGGAGUGACCGGGGAACCGGCGAGGACCGGUGCCGCAGCCCUCAGGCCAGCACGGCCCCAACGGGCAAACCGAUGCUUUGGCCAGCCUGGGUUUAUUGUACUCGCUACUCGGACCGUCCAUCAUCAGGGCCCAGAUCCCGCAAACCAAAGAAAGCGCCCACUCCAAGUAAAGAGGACAAGCGGCCCCGGACGGCCUUUACGGCAGAGCAGCUCCACCGGCUAAAAACCGAGUUCCAGAACAACCGGUACCUGACAGAGCAGCGGAGGCAGAGCCUGGCCACCGAACUCGGCCUCAACGAGUCCCAGAUCAAAAUCUGGUUUCAGAACAAGCGGGCAAAAAUCAAGAAAGCCACCGGGAAUAAAAACUCUCUGGCGGUGCAUCUCAUGGCGCAAGGACUAUACAACCACGCCGCGUCCAAGGACGCCAAGUCGGACAGUGACUAGAGGGCACACGCGGAGGAGAGGGGAGGGGAGGGGAGGGGGAGGGGGUUCUUGAACCAUGCAAUAAAAUCAUUCCAGUACCAGCAUUCAUAUUUAAAACUAAACCAGUGACAACGACGUGACGUUUGUUUGUCUUCCGUGUGUGUUCAUGUGAGGUGUGUAAGGGUGUGUAAGGGUAACAUGUACCCAGGCCGACUGACGGCGGCCAAUCAAAGUCAAAGAUGGUGCUGCGUUCAUGUCACAGCCAGAAAUGGGACGAUUUUCCCAGUUUUCCCUUUACAAACCAUGUCCUCCGUGCACAAGUCAUUCAUCUGCAGUGUUUGUUAUUUAUUUAGAUGGUUUAAAUGGUCAAAGGGCUGAUCGUUCACUUGCAAGGCCAAAUAAAACCCCAUAGCCCACAUCUAAAACCCGGUGGUUUCUCUGGAAAAAACAAACAAACAAAAACAAAAACAACAAAAACAACAAAAAACAAAAACAACAAAAAAACAAGCCUAUCGCCCCUUUGCCCCCCCCAGCAGAAUCAUUACAUUUAUGUUUGAAUUAAAACAGUCAAGAAGUUCAUUGUAUAGACUAUCCGUUUUGAAAACUGCAGACGUGGCUAAACGUUUUAGGGAUUGAGACGAAUGCUGGGCAUCAGGCUAGCCCACCUUUUAAACAAUUUACCAUGCCCUCUCGAAUUACCAUCAAGUUACUUUACCUCAGACAAGUAGGCUGUUUGUUUUCCCCUCUAAAUUUUAGAAAGCCAUAUUUGAUUUCUCCUGAAUUCACGACUCUGUCCAUUAUGUCCGGUCUUCAGUGGUUGGACACCCAGAGUAAAGCGAAUAGAAUAUGAACUACAAACUGCGCAAUUCUAUUUGUUCUGACAAUUAAACCUGUCAGUGUGCGAUCCUACUCUAUGUAUCUGAAAACAAAAAAGAACAUAAAAUAAAUCCAGACCUAUUUAAUGGACCACUAUGUGUAAAAGUUAAAGCAUAGUUUCAGAGGUGGGAAAAGUGAAGCGGGGACAUCUAUGAGCCGUGGAGGACGGGGUGAGCUCGAGGGACGAGGGAGCUGGACCGUUACCACCACCAGGCUCCCUGCUGACUGUGCCAUUAAACUGUAGUCUACGCUAAAAAUCCAAAGAUUCUUCCUGCUGCAUUCUGGAAACUGUGAAGUGAGGAAAUAGCCUGCUUUGUGUUCUCUGUGUUUCUAACUACUUUCUGACUCUGUUCGGCUGCUUUCUGGUGUUUUCUUAUUUGUUCUGUUGGCGUGCUGUAGCCUAGUGAAUGUUUACCUGCAGGUCAUGGCUGAAUUCUGGUGUGAGUAAAAUAAGCCUUUUAGCGGCCUUCAAUGCGCCACGAAAUGUGCGAAUGUAAGGACAUGUUUUACACAUGAAAUUAAAGGUCUACUUUAUCUAAGACGUCUGAUGAACAGUGUUUAACAAAAACAAAACAAAACAAACAAAAAAAAUAUAUAUAUAUUGUCUUCAGAAAAGAAUCGGCAACGCAAAACUGAACUUUGAGGUGAUUUAACUAUUUGUUAAAUGAUUAUAACAACUGAAAUAGAACGACCGUUGAAACAUUAUCAUUUCUCUAGAACUCUAAAAGUUUCAGACUGUUGCUCUCCACCCUUAUCCUGGACCUACAGUAGGCCUAUGCUAUAUGUACACUCACAAAUGUUCAGGAAAAAGGUUUUAUUUGUUGUUAAGAAAGACCGUUAUAUUAUUAUUUAUAACAAACACCUUUAGUCGCGUGGAAGUGGGGCUAGGGAGUGUUGACAUAACUUAUUUUUCUGCAAUAACUUCUUUGAAUGCAACACCUUUGCUGGGUUUACUUAAUGUUGAACCAAAUCAAGUCUUACGAUGCAGUGAAUGUUCUUUUUUCUUUUUUUGUUCUUUUUUGUUGUUUAGGUUUCUAGUUCGUUUUUCUUCCUUUCAUUUAGAAUGCUGAAUAAGCUUCUGCCUUAAAGUUAUGUAAAUACAAGCCAGAAAAAAAUAUAGGGCUACUCUGUUGUAAAGAAAGAACAGCUGUGGGUCGUUUUCUAAGCCGCAAAUGGGAUUUUUUAAAAGACAAAAUAUCAGCUGUUUUUUUUUCUGCUACAGCUGAAUUUCUCUUUUAUAUUGAACUUGUAAAUAUUUAUAUGAUAAUGGUGUGAUGGUAAAUAAAGGACAACAAUGCGGGUUUGA